AUGUCACUCUAAUCCCUUCUCUUCUGUAAUCGACCUAAUUUUCUACUGUCAUAUUACUUCUCUUAGCUUUGUCGUGUUUUUCCGAGCUGUUUCAAAAAUGUCGGACGAGGAAAGAGAGGAGAAAGAGCUGGAUCUAUCUUCUUCGGAAGUUGUCACCAAGUACAAAAGCGCUGCAGAAAUCACGAACAAGGCUUUGCAGCUAGUUUUGUCAGAAUGUAAACCAAAGGCUAAAAUUGUUGAAAUUUGUGAGAAAGGUGAUGCAUUCAUCAGAGAGCAAACAGGAAAUAUGUACAAAAAUGUGAAGAAGAAGAUUGAGAGGGGGGUUGCAUUUCCAACUUGUAUUUCUGUAAACAAUACUGUUUGUCAUUUUUCGCCACUUGCAAGUGAUGAAACAGUGUUGGAAGAAGGCGAUAUGUUGAAGAUUGAUAUGGGUUGUCAUAUAGAUGGUUUUAUUGCUGUGGUUGCUCACACUCAUAUGCUCAGUGAUGGGCCAGUGACGGGUAGACAAGCUGAUGUUAUUGCUGCAGCAAAUACUGCAGCUGAGGUUGCUUUGAGGCUUAUUAGGCCAGGGAGAAAGAACAAAGAUGUGACAGAGGCUAUUCAGAAGGUUGCAAGUGCUUAUGACUGCAAAAUUGUUGAGGGGGUCCUCAGUCAUCAGCUGAAACAAUUUGUCAUUGAUGGAAACAAAGUUGUACUAAGUAUUACAAACCCUGAAACAAAAGUGGACGAUGUAGAGUUUGAGGAGAAUGAAGUCUACGCCAUUGAUAUUGUCACAAGCACAGGUGAAGGCAAGCCAAAAUUGUUGGAUGAGAAGCAAACUACCAUCUAUAAAAGGGCUGUUGAUAAGAGCUAUCACUUGAAGAUGAAAGCCUCUAGGUUUAUAUUCAGCGAAAUUAGCCAAAAGUUUCCAAUCAUGCCUUUUAGUGCAAGGGUCCUGGAGGAAAAACGUGCUCGCCUGGGACUUGUAGAAUGCAUCAAUCAUGAUCUUUUGCAACCAUAUCCUGUACUCCAUGAGAAACCUGGUGAUUAUGUUGCCCAUAUUAAAUUCACUGUUCUUCUAAUGCCUAAUGGGUCGGAUAGAGUGACAUCCCACUCUAUACAAGAGCUACAGCCUACUAAGACAAUAGACGACCCAGAAAUCAAAGCCUGGCUAGCAUUGGGAACAAAGUCGAAGAAGAAAGGUGGUGGGAAAAAGAAGAAAGGUAAGAAAGGUGACAAAGUUGAGGAAUCAACUGAAGCUGUACCAAUGGAUGCAUCCAAUGGCAUUGAAUCUCAAGAAUGAGUGUUUCUCAGCCUCUUAACUCAAUAUUAUGUUCAAUUUUGUUUUCUUUCUUAUCUGUUUAGUUUAUGAAUCCAUUACUUCUCAUGGGUCAGUUGAGUGUAAACAGUUAAUUUUCUUUCCUUUGAUUGUUUUUUUUAAGUUAUAUGAUGAAUUGAUUUUUAGUGCAAGAAUUAUUAUUUUUAUUUGUUUGGUGGAAGAUCAA